UGCGAAUGGAGUUAUGCUUUUCAGAACGUCUGGCGGGCACAAACAUCGGCCCAUUCUGAUUACGGGCAGUUCGGUCUCCUUAUACAUUCUCCAUGCUCUCUGGCAUUAAUAUUUCUCUUCGAUCUCGCGCGUCGCCAGAUGUCGACGGCAUCACCGGGCAAGCCGCGCGCGAAUUCCGCGCUCACCUCCGCGGCGUGCUGGUCGGUCUGUCAGUCGGUUCGAGCCGUCGAGCGCGAGACGUUAGUACAUUCACGACGACUGGGUGGACUGGAUACUCUCGUCGGUCGUCGGGACCGUCGAGCGUGUCGGAGCAACGUCUGGCAACGCGCUCGCGCUUAUCAGCCGCGGCGAAUCGGCCGCGAUAACGCGCUCGCGGUGAAAACGUCGAGAUGUGCCAGCAUGUCCGAGGACGACGCGCAGGAAGCAGCCAGCGAGGAGAUCGAGAGACAGGGGUCUCUCUAUGUGUUCCCGGGCGCGGGCCGCCCGAGCUGCGCGACGACGUCGUCGUCGUCGUCGUCGAUCUCGACGACGCCCCUCCAGCCGGCUUCGCUGUCGUUCCUCCACGGUGGCUCGACCACUGCGAGCACGACGAUGACGACCAGCGUCACGACGACGAUGACGAGCACGUCGAAAAACAGCAACGGCGACGAGGACGAGGACGCGGUAGAGGAGGUCAACUCGCCGGCCAGGAGGACAGCCUUCCCGAGAACGCACACGAGAUCGGCGAGCCACGGCGGCGUCCUGGCGGAUGGCACGACCGGAUGGCAGACCUACGGCUCCAUCCUGGGUCCGUUGACGGCGGUGGGAAGCGCCACGUCCGCUGGUCGGCCGUCGGCGUUGAAGAAGCCCGGUCACCAGAGAGCCUUCAGCCAGGGUCAGGUAGCGGACGUGACGCAAUCAGCCGUAACGGGCCACCACCGUGUCGGCUCCAGAACGGACUUUAUCCUGCCGCCGGGCCACAGGGAGGACGGCAGGCCGCCCACUGCCGGCAGGAUGCCUUCCUUUCGCGGCCAUUCCCGUCAAGCGUCCAGAUCGGAGUCUAUCUAUACGAUAAGACGUAGCGUCGCGCCCCCGUGGUGGAGGAGACUAUGGGCCCAUUGUUUCGGCCCGCUGCCAGAGGAACCCCGUUUAAGGACAAUAGUGCCGAAUCACUUGGUCCCGCCGAAGACUCCGAAGAGUCAGCAUCCCAACGGGGACAGGAUGGACAACAGGGUACGCACAACCAAGUACACGGCGCUGAGCUUCCUACCUCGUAACCUGCUGGAGCAGUUCCACCGCGUGGCCAAUCUGUACUUCAUCUUCAUCGUGCUGCUCAACUGGGUGCCGGCUAUCAACGCGUUCGGCAAGGAGGUCGCGAUGAUCCCCGUGGUGUUCGUUCUGGGUGUCACGGCGCUUAAGGACUUCUUCGAAGAUCGCCGGCGACUCGCCAGUGACCGGCGUGUGAACAAUUCCACCUGCCGCGUCUACGUUAGCGAGGGCGACAGAUAUAUGAAGGUGGCGUGGAAAGAUGUCAAGGUGGGUGAUCUGGUUCACCUCUCGAACAACGAACUGGUACCGGCCGAUCUCUUGCUGCUGCGGAGUAGCGAUCCUCAGGGAUUAGCUUACCUCGAUACAUGCAACCUCGACGGCGAGUCGAAUCUCAAGCAACGCCAGGUUGUCCGGGGUUUUCUCGAUCUGCAGGAUACCUUUCAGCCUUCCAAGUUCCGAUCGGUAGUCGAGGUCGAUCAGCCAAGUACUAGAAUAUAUAGGUUUCACGGCGCCGUGGUGCACCCGAGCGGCGGCAGGGUGCCCGUGUCCACGGAAAACCUUCUACUCAGGGAAUGCGUGUUGAAGAACACCGACUUCGUCGAGGGCAUAGUCAUAUACGCCGGCCACGAGACCAAGGCGUUGCUGAAUAACGGUGGACCCAGGUACAAGCGUUCUCGUCUGGAGAGAUACAUGAACAGGGACGUCAAGUGGUGCGUGGUGAUACUGAUGGUACUGUGCGUCAUCGGCGCGUUCGGCUGCCGAUUCUGGCUGUCCACGUACACGGGUCUGUCGAUGGUGCCGUUUCUGCCGGUGAUGCAGGAGCCGAUCUACGAGAGCCUACUGACCUUCCUGACGUUCGUCAUAAUAUUCCAAGUGAUGAUACCGCUCAGCCUGUACGUGACGAUCGAGAUGGCCAAGGUGGGACAGGUGUACCACAUCGGCCACGACCCGGCCCUCCACGACACGGAAACCGGCCGUAAGGCGGAGUGCCGCGCGCUGAAUAUCACGGAGGAACUAGGCCAAGUACAGUACGUCUUUUCCGACAAGACCGGCACCCUUACGGAGAACAAAAUGCUAUUUAGGAGAUGCGCGGUAGGCGGCCAGGAUUAUUCGCACAUGGGCGACAACGAGAAUCUACUUCCCUGCUCGCGGCUUAAAGAGGACCUGCUCAUAGGUACAUUUCGACAUCGCUUACAGGAGUUUCUUAUUGUCUUAGCCACGUGUAACACGGUUGUCGUAAAUUCUCAACCGCAUCACGAUAUUAUGAACUCUAGCGGGGUCAUCGAGGAACCUCAAAAAAAUGGAACUGGCCCUACGAGAAUAAUGGAAAGGGACGCGAGCUCAUUCCCGACGGUGAAUUCGCCACCAGUACCGCUGUCCCCGAGCACCAGAGCUGUUCGCACCUUGUCACCAGUGUCGCCAGUAAUUAGCACGGCCAAUACGUUCGACGAUACUCCGAAAUUCCCGUUUAAAAUCUCCAGGCCAAAGUUGCUGAACGUAACGUCGAUACCGAGCCUGGGCAUCGGGCUGCUGGGACGGAAACCAUCGCCGGAGGGACCGAAGGGACGUAGCCCGGACGCGGCGAAGAACGGCGACGAGUUGCUGCAGACCCCGGCGAUCUACGAGGCGGAGAGCCCGGACGAGCUGGCGCUGGUUCACGCGGCGCGCGCUUACGACGUCAAGCUGGUGAAACGCACGCCCCGUAGCGCGAUCGUGUCCUUCCCGGACAAGUCGACGCUCGCGUUCGAGAUACUUCACGUACUGCCGUUUGACUCCAACAGGAAGUGCAUGUCGGUGCUGCUCAGGCAUCCACACACCGGCGAGAUAGUGCUGUACAGCAAGGGCGCCGACACGACGAUGCUGCCGGCGCUCACGUCGAGCGACGAGAACACCGUCGCCUCGGCGAGUAUCCGACAGUACUUGCAGUCGUACGCGCGUCAGGGUCUGCGCACGCUGGUGAUGGCGAAGAAAACGCUGACGGCGCAGGAGUACGAGAUCUGGCGGCAGAAGCACGACGAGGCGGAGCUGGCGACGGAGAAUCGCGAACGUCGCAUACGCGACUCAUACGCGAUGCUGGAGUCGCACUUGACGUUGCUGGGUGUGACCGGUAUCGAGGACAAGCUACAAGCCGGAGUGCCCGAGACAAUGGCCGCCCUGGUCGCCGCCGGGAUCGUCGUGUGGGUUCUGACAGGGGACAAACCGGAGACCGCGGUGAACGUGGCGUACUCGGCGCAGCUCUUCUCGCCCGCCAUGCAGCUGUUGCAGCUGCAGGCGAGAUCGAAAUCUGUCGCCGAGACGCUGAUACACGGCUACCUGGAGUCAGCGCGCAAGGAGAGCGUCAACCCCGACCUUUCGCGGCCGGAAAUGAUGGACAUCGCGGAUCCCGCCGGCAUGUACAACCACCACUCCGCCGAGAGAGACGCGCACAGGAUUGGCAGCCCGUGGCCGCGGCAACGGGCGCUCGUCGUCGACGGCAAAACGUUGACUGUGAUCAUGGAUCCGCGAUCGGGCCUGACCGGCCCGUUCCUCGAGCUCACGAAAAUGUGCUCUAGCGUCUUGGCCUGCCGCGCCACGCCGUUGCAAAAGGCAUACAUAGUCCGCAUCGUUAAGAAGCAAUUGGGAAUGAGAACGCUGGCGAUUGGCGACGGCGCGAACGACGUUAGCAUGAUACAGACGGCCGACGUGGGUGUCGGUAUCUCGGGGCAAGAAGGCACGCAAGCGGUGAUGGCAGCGGAUUUCGCAAUUUCCCGAUUUUCCAUGCUCAGCCGGCUCCUUCUUCUACACGGCCACUGGUGUUACGAUCGUCUCGCCAGAAUGAUUUUAUAUUUCUUUUACAAGAACGCCACCUUUGUCUUCCUCAUAUUCUGGUUUCAACUGUUUUGCGGCUUUUCCGGUGCCGUGAUGAUAGACCAAAUAUAUUUAAUGCUGUACAACUUGCUGUUCACCUCGCUGCCACCUCUCGCCUUAGGUAUUUACGAUCGAGUCGCCAAGGCUCGCGUGUUACUUGCAGCCCCGGAAUUAUAUACGAGGGGACGCCUGGGACUAGUGUAUCAGUCGCAUUCGUUUUGGCUCACAAUCGUCGACGCUCUUUACCAAAGUAUCGUCAUAUUUUUUAUUACCAAAGAGGUUUACGACGAUUCGAUUAUCGACAUAUGGGAAUUCGGGACGACUAUCAUGUCAACGUGCAUCGUCGUUAUGCUAGCUUAUGCUGCUAUAGAAACUAGAUCUUGGACUAUAAUCCACGUUGGUGCCAUCUUCGGUUCUUUCGGCAUUUUCUUCGGAUUUUGCUUGUUUUACAAUGCCGUCUGCGUCAAUUGCAUGGGCCUACCCGGGUCCUUCUGGGUGAUGGAAAUGGCCUUCACACAUGUUACAUACUGGUUGACAGUGGGACUUACUUCUGUUCUUGCCUUAAUGCCCAGAUUAGUGUACAAAGCGAUACAGUCCACUAUCGCGCCAGACCCUAUGCACGUUGUCUCGCGGCGGAUCGCCGCGAAAAGUGAUAGUCAAGUUCGUCGGCAGCGUAUUAGCAGUCGAAGAGGCGAAGUCAACUUCAUCGCCGGAUGGUCGCGCUCCUCGCAACAUGCCACUAUCAGACCCGGCAGCUACGGAAGUAAAAGCAACGCUCUCACGACUAUCGUCGCGUGACAGACACAAUCAGAUAGAGAUGAAGCGCGCCCAUCUCAUUACGUGGAAAACCAAUCGACCAAUCGCCGAAAACUGGGGAACAACUUUUCGCUGUUGCGAUUCUCGAAAGUGUUCCUUCACCGAGAGGAGAAUCUUCUCAUCUCCGAAAGCCGUUUUACGCUGACAAUCCUGUCUCAUAACCGACUGUAUUAAUUAUUUCUGGUUGACGAUUCCCCUAGCCCUCUGUAGAUCGUAGCUCUAAUGACGUAGAUACGAGAGGAAAGCUAGUUAAUGGUCGGCGCUAUCGGGCGUGAAAAACCGCGCUCGUUACUACCGACUCAUGCAAUGUAAAUUAUUAUAUAGAACGUCGAGAUACUUUGUCGUUCGAAAUGCAAUGCGCGUCAUCGCUUUGCGCCCGCAGGGGCGUCCUCGUUGCCGAUAUCGCGUUAACGCUAAAGCUACAUUGCCAUUCCCGAGUUCGUGUUAUCGCGGCUGAUUUAAUAUCGAGUGGCCUUAAAUCUCAGAUCGUUCGUUGCAUUUAAUGGCUGUGACUUCUAGGGACCAAGACUGCGUAACCGUUGCAACCGCGUCGAGGCGGGCCGGAUUCGAGUGAAAGUCUAUGCUCCGCGCUACUUCAAGUAUUUCCUCCUUAUUUUUCUCGACCUAGAACUUCACUCGAGUCGCGCAUCUGCGACUUCUACCUUCGAGUGUGGGUCCAUAAUGGAAGACCAACGUUAGAGACAGACGGAUAUACAUGUAUAUAUAUCAACUUCUAGUUUGUUCAUAUACCUUCGAGAAUAAGUGUACAAAGGUGUUGUAAAAGAAAAAGAGUGCAAAGUAUACGUGUAUAUACGAGAUAUAUUUUAUAACCGCCGAGAGAG